AUGACAACAUCAUCAACAAUACAUGAAUACGAUGAAGGAAUUAUUGGAAAUAGUAGUGAUAAUGAAGAUGAAAAUAGAUUAUCGACUGCAAUUGAUGAAUCAUAUAAUUAUGCAACAAUAUCAAAUGAAACAAAAAGUCUUAAACUUUUUACUGAUAGUUUAAUUGUUAUAUCACUUACAUCAACUAUUUCAUUAUCUGUUUCGUCAAGUAUAAAUGAGAAUAAUUUGAAUAGUAAUGGACAACAAUUAAUUAAUUCAACUAAUAGUAAUAAUAAUAACAAUGAAACGUAUAUAACAAUAGAAGGAGGAAUGACUACAAUAUCAACAAUUAAUACGUUAUUGACUACUAGUGAUGAUACUUUUCGUUCAUCAAGUGAUACAAAUGCAAGUAUAGAACAAGAAUAUUAUUUUGAUGCUAUUGUUAAAUUAACACCAACAAAAAUGUCAUUUUCAGCUGAUCUUGGUGAUGAUGAUGAAUCAAAAUUAAGAAUCAAUUAA